UAAUUCUUCUUCCUUUCUUCUCUGCUUUUCUUAAUUAGAACUUAUUCAUGUCGGAAGAACUCAGAGAAUUUUACUACCACCAACCAUAUAGCGACGAUCAGCGGCGGAACACUAGCGGCAGCGGUGGCGGCGGCGGCACCACGUUUCCGUACUCCGGCGGCCAAUAUUCUUCAACCUAUAAUACUGGCGAUUCAUCAUCGGUUCAUGCUCACUACCUGCAAAUGUUCGAUCCUUCUUACGUAAGCUUCGCCGAGUUUCUGCAUGGAUCUGCAGAUCACAACUCACUUAUAAAUUCAGCUCCGGGCUUCUCCCCGAAAUAUUCUUCUCCGGCCGCCGUAAUUAAGGAAGAAGAGAAACGGCCGCCGCCGGUGGAAACCCCAGCUACACCAAACUCUUCCAUCUCCUCCUCCUCCACCGAGGCCGCGGCGGCGGCGGCGGCUGAGGAAGAUUCAAACAAGGGUAGUACUGGUAAGAAAGCAACAACUGCCGAAGAUGGGGAAGGAACAUCAAAGAAAGAGAGUAAAACGAAGAUAAUCAAGAAAGGAGAGAAGAAAGAAAAGCAGCAAAAAGUUGCGUUCAUGACAAAAAGUGAGGUUGAUCAUUUGGAAGAUGGAUACAGAUGGAGAAAAUAUGGUCAGAAGGCUGUUAAAAACAGCCCUUAUCCCAGAAGCUACUACAGAUGCACAACUCAGAAAUGCCCGGUGAAGAAGCGAGUCGAGAGAUCGUUCCAAGACCCUUCGAUCGUGAUCACCACCUACGAAGGCCAGCACAACCACCACCUUCCCGCCAGUCUCCGGGGAAACAUGGCCGGAAUGUCGUUUGCUGCCGCCGGCUCCUCCUCAAUGUUUGCUCCUCCGGCCUCGUUUUCGAUGCAGGAUCAAAUUAGCUUCCCUCAAGAAAUACUCUUAUCUCAGAAUAAUAAUAUGCCACCUCAGCACCACCAACACCACCACAACCUCUACAGUUACGACGGAGGCCGCAGUACACGCAAUUCGUAUGAUCAACAACAGCAGCAACAGCAGUUGUUUCAACAGUUCACAGAUGACUAUGGACUAUUGCAAGAUGUAAUCCCUCCUUUAUUUCCCAAACAAGAGCACUGAAUUAAUAUUUCUCGAUUUCUAACAAACCAAGUUACGUUACUUAUCGAAGAGGUUUUCUUGAUCUCGAUUUCGAUCUCUUUCUUACCAGAUAUUGGUUUUUUUUCUUCUUUUUUUUUUUUUCCGAAAUGGACGAUGUCGAUCGAUCUAGUGCUCGAUCAUGAUCCAUUAUUUAGUUAUAUAUAUAUUUUAUUUUUUAUGAUGUUUAAUUAUGGGAGAAUUCAAAAGGUUUUAUUAUUGUUAGAUGAUGGGAAAUAUAUAAGUAGUCUAAAUUAUAUUAGACCUAGUCUCUACUUUAGAGAAAAGAA